AAGCAAGAGAGCUCGUUGCCAUGGUUACAGGAAACAGGACAGCCACACAGCUCAUGCGUCAGUGUGCAUAGAGGUUCUAAACAGGUGAUGGAUUUUGCUAGGAAGCAGAAGCCGGAAUCCCAGGAGACUGACAUGGACUGAGAGAGCAGUGAACUGAAUCGAACUGAUCUGCACCAAAAGAAACGAAUUAAAUUGAGUCCAGUGGAAUUGGAUCGAACCAAACUGAACGUUGUGCCGCAGCUCGGGAAGGGAGAAGAUGGCAGCCAAGCAGCCCCGAAGAGGCUCGGCCCGAGGUGGCGGCGCCGGAGGCCCUCAGAACGUAGGAGAGGAGAUGGAGGCAAUGAUGGAUGCCUGGCACAGGCUGGGCACCCUCACUGAUCUGCAGGGCGAUUCUGGGGGCCGGCCCCAGCGGGGCCGCUCUCGCACCCGCUGGGCUCGCUGGGCCCCAGAGGGAACCCCGCCGCCGCCAUUCGCGGCCUCCAGCGCCAGACUAGGUGCAGGCGAAGCCCUGGAGGAUGCCCGCUCUCAGGAGGAGGGGGCCUUUGGGCCUGUGGGGGCCAUGGGGGACGUGGCAGCAGCGGCGGCUGGAGCCACCUCGAGUCCCUGCCCAGACGUGUGGGGAGGUCAGCAGCUGAGGGAGAGCGAGGACAGUGAGGGGAGCGAGGCAAGCGAGAGCAGCCAGCGGCGCAGGGAGCGCAAGGCCGCGGCCGCCGCCGCCGCCGCCGCGGCCGCCCCCCCGGCCCAGCUCCUCUUCCUCGAGGCUCCCCGAGCCAUGAGCGGGAAUCCAAACUUGGCGCUCGGGGCCCGCCCCCGGCAGCCCAUGGGCGGGCGGGGCCGGGGCCGCCCGCGCGGGCGGGGCCAGAGCCGCGGGGAACUGCGCGAGGCAGGCGGCGAGGAGGCGGGGGCGGGGGCAGGCGCGAGCGCCGGCGGCCGUUGGCGGGCCGCGAGCCCCUCCCCGCCCCCCGUGACGCACCCCCUGCGCUACUCGCUGCGCUCCCGGGCCCGCGGAGUCGUGGCGGUGGGCAGCUUGGAGGAGGGCCCCUCCACUUCGGCCUUCGGGGUGGCUGGAGCCAGUGCUUUUCCGGAUCAAGAUACAGCAGAGGAGAAAAAGUCACCUAGAAAGAAGAGAGGCCCACGCAGAAAGACCUUGCAGGUUCCUCUAGAGGUGGAGAAGUCUAACAGUGAUGAAGAAAGAGAUGAGACUAGCAGGCCAACCUGCCCUGAAGAGGAAGAGGAGGAGGAAGAUGAUGAGCCUGCGGGGGCAGGUUUGGGAAACGUGCAGCAGAGGACUCAGUCCAGCAUUGAAAAGAAGGUCUGUGAGGUGGUCCAGUACCUGCUAGUGAAGGAUCAGACAAAGGUGCCAAUCAAACGAACUGAUAUUGUGAAUACCAUAAUUAAAGAAUACAAGGAAAUGACCACAGAAAUCAUCAACCGAGCUGGGCAGAUGUUGGAGCAGGUGUUUGGAAUAGAGUUGAAGGAGAUAGAUGACAAAGCUCCUGCUUAUGUGCUCCUUAACAAACUGGAGCCCCUGGAAGAUGACUGCAUGCGGCCAAAACAUGAUACAGCAAAGAUGGGGCUUCUGAUGGUGAUUCUGAGCCUCAUUUUCAUGAAGGGGAACUGUGCUAAGGAGGCUGUGGUUUGGGACAUGCUUAGGAAGAUGCGACUUGACCCAGACAAAAAGCAUCCACUCUUUGGGGAUGUGAGGAAGCUGAUCACUGAUGAAUUUGUCAACCAGAGGUAUUUGGAGUACAACCGGAUUCCCUACACUGACCCUGAGGAAUAUGAGUUUGUCUGGGGACCCAGAGCUUUCCUAGAGACCAGCAAGAUGCAGGUCCUUCGCUUCGUGGCUAAGAUCCAAAGGAGGGACCCUCGUAGCUGGGCGAUCCAAUACAAUGAAGCCCUUCGGGAGGAAGUGGCAACUGCCUCUGCCUCUGCCUCUGCUUCUCCCUCGCCCUUGGCCUUGGCCUCGGCCUCCGCCUCGGCCUACGUCUACGCCUCCGCCUCCGCCUCCGCCUCCGCCUCCGCCUCGGCUUCGGCUUCAGCUCUGGCAGAGGCCGAGUCUGAGGCUGAAUCUGAGGCCGAAGCCUGUGCCUCUGCCUCCGACUCUGGAAGUUUCCUGGAGUAGGAGAGUGGCCAGUCUGAGUGCCCCAUUGAGGUGGCAGUUCCAAAGCACAAGAAGCGUCGUUUCACACGAGCUAUGUGCACAGUAGUUAUGAAUUAGGACCCAUCCCCUCUGUAGUCCGGGUCCAAUAAACUUGCAAGUUGA